UUGCUGCAUUACUUGGAGUUUGUUUUGGAGGCACAGCGGGAUGGAUUUCUGAAGUUAUUGUAGGAGUGUUGACCACUCCUGUUAAUGAUGAAGAACCAAUGACAACCGAAAUUGAUAAUAGGAAACGCAUGGCAAAAUUAAAGAAACGCGCUGCUGCUCUAGCAAAUUUGAAGGCAAGAAAUGGUGGAAAACUUCCAGAAGAGUAUCAUAGUCGAUUUGCAAACGGUCGCCCAGCUGUGACAAGAAAGGGAUCUCAUGGUUAUGAAAAGAUUGGAUAUGAGAAUGGUUAUAAAGGUUAUUCUAGUGCUGGAAUAG